CGAUACCUGUUGUCCAUCUCGCCGGAUUACUAAAGUGCUGCAGCUGUGCUACUCGAUCGGAGUCCCGUGGAUAGCAAGUAAUCCUGAUUAUGGGGAGCAUCGGUACCGGUAGGUAAGUACUGUACAGCAGUCUAUCCGAGAAGCUCGCCAGAGCGGCCCACCGUGAAGAAGUAUUAAUAGUCUACAUGUAGUGUUUGGUGUUUGGUUGUGGAGCAGAGAUUCGCUUCUACUAGAUAGCUAGACUACUAUCGUAGCAAACCAGAUAUACGCAAAGACGAAGCACUAGAAACAAUAGCUAAAUCAAACCUUAGGAAGUGAACCUCAGACCUCAGGGGUUAUGGAAUCAGGAAAAGCGGGAAACUCAUCCGAUGAAGACCGGAAGCCUCGCAAUGCCGAGGAAAAGGCAAGGCUGGAAGCUGAAGCCAAGGCUCGGGAAGAUGAGGAAGAGGAAGAAGACGUAAAAUCACAGCCAAGAAAAAGGCGAGCCAAGGGCAAGAGGAAGAAGGAGAGCCCAGUCCCUGGCGAGACCAAGCAGGAGAGGAGGAAAAGGAUCAAUCGAGUUAGUGCUAAAAGGAAACGGAUCAAAAAGACGGCGGAGCUCGAAGAGCUCCAAGGAGAACACGAGAGACUCAGCGAGGAAAACCAAGAGCUCAAGAAUGCAAAUCUCGCCAUGCGAGAACGGAUUUCAAUGCUGAGAAAGUUUUUCCCCCAGGGCAGCACUCAACCUGCUCAGCAGGGCAGGGUGACAACCCCAAAACCACCAGCCUCCCCAGCUGCUGCCAAAUCUCCGGCGGCGUCUCAUCCUCUCCAAGUUGUCGCGGCUCCUUCGCCAGCAACCGCAAGUGUCAGCUCGUCAAUCACCGAACGGCCGGCAGCACCGCCAGCUCUUCCUGCAAGUGGCGGCGAUUCAUCGGCUAAUCUUCUGACCCAGUUGAGUCCGAAUGAACUCAGUGCGUUUGAGAGAGCUGUUGUCAAUGAGGUACUGAGACGGCGUCAACAGGAAAACCCACAGCCUCCCCAACAGAUUGCAGGGCAGCGUGCAAAUGGAAACGAAGAGAAAUCGCAAUCGAUGGAAUCUGUGCUGUUUGAGGAGCUUCAGGAGAGACUUGCUUCGGGAGCUCAAGCCCCAGUGCACAGCAAUGAAGAAGAGAAACACCCCGGAGUUGCUGUUACUCUUGCACAGACGUUUCUUCAGCAGCAGAGGCACUCAUCUGGGGCGACAGGACUUGAAGACAAUUUUCAAUCUGUUGUCCAACUUCAGGGCCAGCCAGGUUUUCGCAAUGAAGCCCAGAGAGCUUUCCAGGCGCCGGGACCCGCUUCUGCCACUCUGUUUCAUCAACUUUCCCAAGCCAUACAAUCGCGGAAUCAACAUCAUUCUGGACCCCCAAGCCGUCAAGUGGUAGGAAGCGAGAACUCUGCGCUCCAUCGACUGAACCCCCAAGCUGCUUCUCUUCCUGAUCCAGAUAUUGUACAGAGACUGCAGGACAUUCUACAGCAGCAGCAGCAGCAGCCUCAGACGGCGAAUAAUCCUGGGUUGCGUGAGCGUCAGCCUCAAUCUUCCACACCUGAGGGAGCUUCUGCUUUUGGUUCCAGUGAAUUGUCGAGUGCACUUGAAGGCAAUCAGAUACAGCAAGUACUGCGUUUAGCCCGGCAGCAGCAAGAUGACGGCGCCAGAGCUUCUGGCCAUCAGGAGCUUGCGGACGAGCUUCAAAGCAACCCUCUGCUCCAGCAAAUAGUCCAACUGGCACAGCAGCAGCAACAACAACAACAGCAGCAACAACAGCAGCAGGAAGCCUACCCGGCCUCUGGUCAUCAAGAAAUUUUGAGCAGAAAUCAAAGGGACCAGCCGCUGAAUCAAAUACGCCACAUACCACAACCUGAUCAGCCACCAACGCGUAAUCAGGCCUUGGGAAAUCAGGAAGUUUCGGGGACAUCUCAGGGGGGUCCUGUGCAACAAAUUUUUGCGAUGUUGCAGCAACAAUCAUCGGGUAAUCAUUCUCAGGAAGGUGCUGGGAGAGUGUCGGGUGAUUUGUCUGGAAACGCAAUGGAGCUUUUUGCACGUACCGGUAACCAGCAGCAACAGGUGCUUAAUCAGACUUCUGGUGGCCAAGGAAAUCAUAUUAUGCGUUCCGGUGUAUUGUCAGGUGCGCACCAAACGGGUGACCAGGUACCCAACCAAGUGAUCCAAAUUUUGCAGCAACAACAUUCUGCCACCCAAGCACCAAGACAACAGGAAUUGCCGAGUACAUCCCAAAAUGAUCCGGUACACCAAGCGAUUGCAUCAUUACAACAGCAAUUUCAGCAGCAGCCUUUUAGCAACCAGGGUUCUGGUCAUCAGGAGGCUCCCAGUUCUGGGCCAAGCGAAUCAUCGGCAAAUUCCCAGCUCGAGGAGCAGCUCCGUCGACUCCUCGGACUAGAACAUCAGCCACAGGAGGUUGGUAACCAGCCCACUGGUCGUCAAGUUGAAACCCGAGCACCGCAGCCGCAUUUGCCCUCUGAUCAUCAAAGUCGAGAGCCGCGACAGCAACUCUCAUCUGGAAAUCAGAUGACAGAAGAAGAACAGCUUCGUCAAUCCUUGCUCAACCAAUUGCAUAUGCUGCAGAACUCGGCACCACCGAACCCACAGCCGAAUUUGGUAACCCAGCAGCAAUCGCAGCAGAGAUUUUCCCUACGAGGCCCACAAGCGCAACUGCUGCAACGCUUGGCAGCAACGCCAAUUCCGCAGCAAAACUCUGCGCAGGCGUCUCAACAUUUUUUGCAACCGCAGCCGCAGCAUACCGGUAUCCUCGCUGCCCGGGCUCCACAAGCGCAAGUAGAAGCUCAGUUGCAGCAUGGCUUGGCCGCACAACCGCCAUCGCAGCACAGCUUUGCUCAUCGGGCUCCACAACCGCAAGCACAGCAGAAUUUGUCACAGAUCCAGCAGAUGCUGUCACUCGUAUCCAACCAACAAGCUGUCGGCACAACGGACACUCCAGGACUAGCUUCGGCCCAAGCUCAAGUUCAAGCUCAUCGUCCGGUUCCUCCGAAUCAAGGCAAUAGCACCACGAAUCAAGCCGUGUCUUCUAUACUCUCUUCUCUUGUCAAUCCAAGUGCGGGGACUACCAUAAACGUCGGUGCCACCGGUGGGCAAGGUAAUGCCAGAAACGGCGAGGAGAUCCUUCGCCUGCUGUACGAGGGGAGCGAUGCGGGCACCCAGGAAGAAAUCCUUCGGCUGCUCUAUGCAAGAGACGGGAAUGGGUAUCCUCCACCUCCGCGUCCUCCGCAUCCACCCUAGGUCACACAAUCGCUACAGGCCUGCUUCAUGGUAGAAAGAAGGAGCUGCCUGAAGGUCUCUGGCUCCACCUAAAAGAGCUGCAAGGCCAGAGAAGCUUUGGUUGCAGGGGCGCCCUAGGUAUAAGGUGCUUUUCACAAGCUACAAGUUGUCUCUCCCAAGCCACAAGCUCCACGGAGCCUUUUGAUGUGCUUUACAAAGUUAUUUAUGUUGUGGCAAGCUCAAGUUCGCAGAUUGCUUGGUUUGGUGUAGCCCAGGCGUCUCUACGUGUCCACUCCGCUACAGUCCGCCUUGCAAAACCAACGUAGUUUUUGAGGCUGCAGAGACCGACCGAUUCUGUAGUGUCGGUGGACCACAGCGGGCAAAGUACUUGGGAAGCUGGGCUCUAUCUGAAGAGCUAUCUGAAGUGCCUUCCUUACUGGCUUAGUCUGCUAUUUAUGCAUACUAAUAGUUCCUCCACUCCUUCCAAGGUGGUCAAAUCUGAGGAAAGGGAAGUAAUUCCCCAACUCCUUGUGGAUUACCCUAUGGGACUCACCAGUCCUGAGCGUGACCUACUUAGUCACUAGUCGUGACUCAGUACAAGUCCACGUGAGUCACUACCGUUUUUCCUUUCCCUCAAAUUCCUCUCCUUGGAGGCUUCCUUUAUUUGACUUGAAAGGGAGGCAGGGAAUUCCGCGAAGGAAUAGCAGACCAAGCUCACGGGUGGCAGGUCAGCUUGGGAUCCGUGGAAAGAAGCAGAGAAAAGCAGAGAAGCAGGCCCUGCCAGGCCCCGUCAUACAUGUAGCCCUUGCAUCCCCCUACCAAACGGACAUUGGCGAUUCGAGCUCAGAGAGUAAAUUUACUUGAAUCAGUCACUCUUUGCUGAAAUCGUAUGAAAAUUGCCAAAUGGUGCGAUCUGGUGGACUUUUUGAACCACAUUCAGUGCAAUCAUAAAGCGGGACUGAAUCCGGGACUAACAGGCACCUUUAGAGGCCUUUCAGACGCAGCCCACUUCACGGUGAGUUUUAACGAACUGUUAACGUUGGCUUAAGUCCUGACUCGACUCGACCGCGAAAGAGCCUUGAAGCAAUGCUGGUACGGUGGUACCGUGCAUUUGUUUGGUUUGGCAAGUCAAAAAUAAAACGUUUUGAUUGAAAAUUGGUAGAAAAUAGUUAACAAAUAAAGUUUGAAAUUAGGAAGGUUGAAAAA